AUGGCACCCAAGAAGAAUAAUCCAACCAUAUCAAAGAAAGCGGCUAAAGAGAAUGUAUCUCAACAGCUUGUCAACGAGGACUUUGAUUAUAAGGAUGAUGAACCCGUGCUCAGAUGGACUAGAAAGAGGACUGAUCUAAAGACACCACCUCCACCUAAGCCUAAAAAGGUGGAGGAUACUGGUGAUACUGAGGUAACAACCUCAUCUGAGCAAGCAUCGGAGGAACAAGGAUCAGAACACACUGAACAGGAUUCUGAGGGCACUGAACAAGAUGUUGAAACUGAAGACUCUGAAAGGCCUACAACUGAAGAAACUAAGUCUAAAUUACCAUCAUCGGAGCAGCAAGGUGAUAAGGAUUCUCCAGUACAGGGAACUUUGGUGAAAUCAUAUUCAGCUCAGGCAGGCUUAGUGCCUCAAAGUGAGCCGACUACUUCAGUCCCUCCGGCAGCAACAGGUUCAGUAAUUCAGCCUAUUGAUAUCAGGAAGAUGGCUAGGCAAGCAAAUUUGUGUGAGAAAAGAUUCGAUGCUCGGGCAAGAGAGAUGGCAGGUGCUGAUCUUUCCACUCUCAGGAUUGUGCUGGAUAAGAUAAAAUAUGAGAAGAAAAAAAGGGAAAAGAAACGCAAAAACAAGAUAGAUGAGCCAGAUAGUGAAGAAGUGAGAAAAGCUAAAAAGAAAGCAAAGAAUAAAGCAGAGAAGGAAGAGUUGAAAAGGGUAAGAUUGGAGUCCCUGGCUAACACAAAAAAAUGUGAAGCUAGGGCUACAGGUGCUUCAUCGAGCCAGGCUCCAACCACUGCAAAGGCAGAUGCUACGAGUGGUGAGAAGACAGUAGAUGAUGCUGUAGCAGGGUCGAAGACCCGGGAUCCACAGUCUUGA